GAAGUCGAAGAUGAAAUUUACAGACUUAGCCCAAUUUAAGACUUUUUUUGGUAUCCGGUAUAAAACAGAUAGCAAACGGCAAAUAUCUAGGGUUAGGGUUUAAGUGAAGUAAGUGAAUUAGGUAGGGGUCCGCAAGAGGUAUUCGUCCGUUGUCUGUUGACUUCUUCGGAGAUCUUUCAUGGACGCUGCCUACUGGAUGCGCCAGCCUCUUCAGCCAUCCGCUGCUCCGCCGAAGCGACAUCGCACUGAAAUUGGUGGAGCUUUAACAGGUCAAGAAGCUCAAAUAUUUCAGCCACAUGAGCACGGUAUUCAAUCUACGAACGAUACACGAGCGCUUGGAGCAUCAUAUGACCGUUAUCUUCAGGAUAAACAACAGUUUUCUUCAUAUGGUUCUACUCAUGUUGGCCUGGUAGGUGAGAGUAGAUCUGCUGGUGGAGAAAUAUAUGGUUUUAGGGGAGGCAAAGCAGGUUUUGCUUACCAAGACCCUGUCAUAUUGUCUGACCCUGCUUUUAGGUCAUUGGGACCACCAGAAUUGGUAGUAAAAAGUAAUAGGACAAUGGGCUUUGGCAUCCAAACUGCUGUGGAUCCUAGGGUUCAUCCUGUGGUUGCUGGAAGAGAGAUUCCCUUGCCACCUGAUGCUUCAAAUACUUUAUUUGUUGAAGGACUUCCACGUGAUACUACUGAGAGGGAAGUAGCACAUAUAUUUCGUCCCUUUUUGGGCUACAAGGAAAUUCGUCUAGUUAAGAAAGAACCGAAAUAUGAUGGUGGAAACCCUAUUGUUCUGUGCUUUGUUGAUUUCACAACUCCAUCCUAUGCCAUGGCUGCUAUGGGCGCUAUUGAAGGUUACAAAGUGGACCUUCAUGAUCCAGAUUCACCAACCCUGCGUUUGCAGUUUGCCACUGCUCGGAGACCCAACGAAAGCUUCCAUGGCCGGAGAUAGAUGAGAUCCAUCAGCUUCUGUGGGACAUUUUUACCUCAUUUCUUAUCUUUAGCUUCUUCUUGUUGGAUGUGAUUGUCAAUUUUUGUUCCUGAGAUUUUUACCUUCACUUCCUAUAUUCUAUUAUAUCUGCGCUGAGUUCUUCAUGUUGUUCUUUUAGCCAGAUAAAUGUUAUGAGAAGCUUGAUGAUGAUGAAGAGUCAGACUGUACUAGUUGAGGUUUCACCCAAAUUUCAAUCUGACACUCAAAGAUAAAUAUCUGUAAUAGCUUGAAGUGUUCUGUUUGGCUUC